AUGACCCCUAAUGGGAAGGCAGAAGAGUUGAUAGACUUCAUGGAAAAGGAGAACACAGAAGUGAUGGAAGGGAAGAGGAAGGAGGAAAAUGAGGGGAGUGGUGGACAAGAAGUCAGAAAUGGAGUAGGUAUCAUAGCAAAACCAAACCUAGUGGAAUAUGUGGAAGCAGUAGAAUACACAAGUGAUAGGGUGAUGAGGAUUCAGCUGAGGACAAGGAAUGUAGUGAAGGACUUCAUCCAAGUACAUGCACCAUAUACAGGAAAUAAAGAAGAGAACAUAGAGGAUUUUCUAGAGGUAUUAAAGAGCAUAAUUUCAGAUGUGGAAGCUAUAAUAAUAGGUGUUCUAAAUGCACAUGUAGGCAAGGAAAGGCUAGGGAAGGAGGAGAUAAUUGGCCCAUAUGGAUAUGUGAGGAAAAAUGAGGAAGGAGAGAAACUGUUUGAUUUCUGUGAAAGAAAUGGGAUGUUUGUGGGCAACACAUGGUUCUGUAAAAAGAAUAGCCAAAAGAUAAUGCGAUAUGGAUGGGGUGAUAGAUGGACGAAGAUGGUCAUCGAUUACUUUCUGGUGGAAAAGAAAAAUCGGGGACGGUUGACGGAGGUAACUGCACUCACAGGAGAGGUUUGA